AUGUACCGCGCGGGUUUCACCGGCACUCCGGUAGACAUGUCACCGGCCGCCACAAGCCUGGGGCAGUUUCACAGAGCUGUCACAGGAUCGCUGUGCUCCCAGGCCCAUUGGCCUCGGCUCGGGUCUCAUCCGAAAGCCAUCGACCAAAAAAGAACCACAAAGAUGCCCAAUAACCUCACACCAUCCUCAUCAUCAGCCAACCUUCCCCAUCGGUCUUCGGUCAAUCAAGCCAGCUCCUCCGGAAUCCAACCGCAACAACGGACACUGAACGAUCAGGCGAUCCUAGAAUAUCUUUCCCGGCGUGGAUUCGCCAAGGCCGAGGGGGCACUCCGUGCGGAGCUUGCCAAUGCUAUCUCAAACUCUUCUGCCGCUAAAGGAAGGACCGUAGGCUUAGAGGAAUUUGCAGAUAAGAAUGCCAAUACUUCCGAUGCGGCGAUCGCUGGGCUCGGCAAAAAGAAAGAAGGCGUCGGUAGAAACUUGAUCAAACAACCCUCUGAAUACGCCAAAGGUUAUGAAGGAUUGCGCGAGUUUGUCAACAACUCACUGGAUAUCCAUCGACCUGCAAUCACCCCGUUUUUACUUCCUCUAUUCGUACAUUCCUAUCUAGACUUGGUAAUGGAUGGAAGAAGAGAUGCAGCAGACGAUUUUUUGCAUCGUUUUUCAGCAGAUCACGAAAUAUCCGAGCCGUAUUUGGUCCAACACUUAGCCUCACUACGGCAUCCUUAUCAUAUCCAAGAAUCAGAAAUCGCCCAACGAUGGAGAAAAGAACGAUACGUGAUUAGGAUCAGUGAACGCGCUAAGAAUCUGUUGAUGACCUGGCUACAAACUGAAUCUCUAGGAGGUGAUACCGAUGAGAGUAGAGCAAAGGAUCGGAUGACAAGUACCAUCAAUGAGAAAGUUCGAAUUGAAUAUACCCCUAUAUCCCUAUUCAGUCAAUUCCAAUGCGGCCUCGAAUCCGAUUUCCAUCAGCAACAACAGCAAACUGCUUCAACCGAACCUCCACUGAAACUUGGCCCAACACCUAAAGACCCUAAACUAAUGAGAGAAGUAGCCAAACUACUGGCGCAAGAAGAAGCCCCGCCGAAGCCAGCAGAGUCAGGUGACCUUCCAGACGGCGAAAAUGCAGACGUGGCGAUGACUGAUGGCACGAAGACGACAACAAACAAUCCUACAAAUGUCCCCUCAACACCGAUCAUACCCGAAGCUACCCCAUCAACAUCGGAUUUGAUCCCACCGACAAAUGCCGAUCUUUUACCCUAUUUGAGUAACUUCAAAACGAUAGAUUUGAGGAGAGAGGUGGAGUCGAUCAGGGAAGCCAAGAAGCGGAUCAGACUGGGUCCAGAAGCAUUCAAUGAUAACAAACAAGUUGAGAAGGAAGUUUGGAAGCCAAGUGUGUGUGCAUUCACGAUCCAUGAUGCUGGGCAAACGAUGACUGCUGCUAGGUUCUCAGAGGACGUGACGAUCCUUGGUGCUGGGUUUUCGGAUAGCUACAUCAAGCUCUGGAACCUCAAGGGUGAUCCCUUCGAACCCAUCAGAGAUGAUGGCACCACCGAGGCUAAUAACCUGGGAAGCAACGAAGCUGAAACGAUAAGGCGGAUGCGAAAGAAAACGGCCAGCAAUUCAAUCAAGUUAAUUGGCCAUUCAGGUCCGGUAUAUUCGCUCUCCUUUGACCCCAUUCCGGGCCCCUCCUCGCCGCCUCGCCAUCUUCUUUCGAGUUCACAAGACUCAACGAUCCGGCUUUGGUCCUUGGACCUCUUCAAAAACCUGGUUGUCUAUCGAGGACAUAGAGAACCUGUCUGGGAUGUCGAAUGGGGCCCUAAAGGGAUCUAUUUCGCAUCCGCAAGUAGGGACCGAACGGCUCGUCUGUGGUGCUCUGAACGCAUUGGAGCCGUACGUAUGUUUGUUGGACAUUUGAGUGAUGUUGAUUGCGUCAAAUUUCACCCUAAUUCACUCUAUCUGGCCACUGGUUCAAGUGAUCGCACUUGUCGAUUGUGGGAUGUUCAAAGGGGCAGCUCGGUCCGGGUCUUUCAUGGACAUGAAGGCGCAGUGAACUGUGUUGCGAUCAGUCCAGAUGGCAAGCUGCUAGCAUCUGCAGGAGAAGAUCAAUCGAUUAAAGUGUGGGACAUUGGAUCGUCGCGAUUGAUGAAGACGAUGCGGGGGCAUCAAUCAUCGAUCUACUCGCUCAGCUUCAGUGCGGAAUCAACGAUCCUAGCCUCGGCUGGUGCCGACUGUAGCAUCCGGGUGUGGGAUGUACAGAGUAUGGGGACAACCGGCCAGAUUCUCUCGAACCCUUCGCUCGAAAACCCCGAGGACUCGCUUGCGCAACCUGGAUUAAAACUCCAGGGUGAGCCGAAAUCUAACAUCAAGCUCCUCAGACGCGGCUUGUUCGGUCUCCAUGAAUAUCGUGAUACGCCCGACUUGUUAUUGACCCUGCCUACUCGACAAACGCCGAUUUUGAAUGUAAAUUUUACGACGAGGAAUUUAUUGCUUGGGGUUGGUCCGAUGGGAAAGAUCCCCACAUCUUGAACACAGACUUGAGAACCAAAUCAAACCAAAUCA